GCAAUAUGGAAUCAGACUCAAAAGAAAAUGACUAUGGGUCUUCAGAGCGAUACCAUGAUUCUUUCUCAGAAGAAGCCAAACAGAUCAACUUGUCUCUAAGAUAUGAUACUGCAGAUAAUUUCGUUGGUUCAAGUAAGAACAUAUUCAUGUACGGCGACGAAAUGCCCCAAGAUCUCAGACUAAAACCCCACACCGUCAACAAGAAAGGAACAACAGUAACCAGAGACUCUGAAAACACAAAAUCAAGCAAGGACAGGCCCAAACACAAGAAGAGAUCUGAUCAGGAAGGAAGAAGAAGCUUAAUGAAAUAGAAGGAAUAGGCUUGCCAAUAUGUUUAUAAAGAACAUGAGCACGCAGAUGAACGAACUUAAGAUAGAGCAGUACGGAAGUGCAAGAGUGAUUGAUAAUGAGCUAGAGAAGUAUAGGUAUAAUAUUUAUUCAAUCUCUUUCUUGGCUAUUCUUGGUGUGCUGAUAUGAGGAGUAGAGCAAGAGUUGUUUAUUAAGUAUGGGAAGAAUCAUGAAACUACUGACCGGGUCAUUCUUUUGUCGGUUAAUCUAUUUAUUACUUUCUUAGUGAUUGCUUUAACAAUUAUGUCAUAUUUUCAAGAAGUGUUCAUCCGGAGAGCAGAAGGUGUCCUUCUUACUAUAGAUACCCUUGAUAAGGAGAGAAUCAUUUGGUUGAUCUUUGAAAUUGUACUCAAUUUAAUUCAUCCAAUGCCUUUCUUGGCGAAUGCCACAUUUCAAGAGAAGAUAUAUGUUCUUGACAUCUCGCUUCCCAAGAGAUAUGAUUGAGUACUUUAUCUUGCAAUGCUUCACAUUCGUUUCUAUCAUUUCCUGCGACCAUUUUUGCUUUCCUCUGAUUUCAUGACAAACCGAGCCUUCAGGGUUUGUAAAAUAAGCAGGACCGAUUGCAAUUAUUGGUUUGCCAUUAGAAGUAUUUUCAAAAAAUACACUAUGUCAGUCACUUGUUGGCUGUUUGUAUUCUGAACAGCAUUUUAUGGAGCUCUCUUGAGAUUUAACGAAGGUUCAGCCCACGAGCUUAAUGAUGAAGUACAGAAUUUUAACUGGGACAACUCCUUCUGGUGAGCCUAUAUUACUAUGACUACUGUGGGUUAUGGAGACUUUUACCCAGUCACUGUCUUUGGAAGGAUAGUCGGUGUCUUAUGAAGUCUUGUAGGAAGUCUUAUCCAAUCCUUGGCUGUUAUUGCCUUGUUUGAAGUCCUGGAAUUUUCACCUGGAGAAGUCCUAUCUUACAAAUUACUUCAUUUUUUAAGGAAAUAAGGACAAAUUAUUGGAGAGAGCGGCAGGAAUGAUGAUUUCCAUGUUCAGAUUUAAUAAGUAUAAAGCCAAGAAAUAUCUCAUGAAAUACUCUAACAACAGUUGGCUGUUCCGUAAGACCUCAUAUAAUCUCAGGGUUGAGUAUAUCUCCAGGCUCACUAUUGGCGACCAAAUAAGAAGAGACAUUAAGGGUGUCAAGAAAAAGACUAAAAAUAUUAUAAAAAUGAUAGAUGCCAUUAGAGAUCAUGAUGACGGUCUCUUCAAAUAUGAUCAAAACUUUGUACCCAGCAAUAAGACCAAGAUUAAGAUCCCAAAGAGUAGUCACAUCCAUCAUCCCAAGACUAUGGCUCGUCUAAUUGAGAAAGAGAAUGCUCCAAGUUUUGAAGACUCUUUGUUUGGUGGACAUCUCUAGAAUUAAUUAUCCCAACAAUUCAGCCUUUCUUAA